AUGUCGAACGAACGCACCCCUCUGAUCACCUCUGGGGUAUGCGGUCUGGCCGUGACCGCAUGUGGCGUGGAGCCGGACCCCACCCCUGAAUCGGGCUCCGGCACGCCAAGUAAAGGCCCUCGAAAAAUGAACACUUUUUUUGGGGUGAUGGUGCCGACCAUCCUGUCCAUGUUCAGCAUCGUGCUGUUCUUGAGAAGCGGGUUUGUGGUCGGUCACGCGGGGCUGUUACAGGGUCUAUUAAUGGUGAUUGUAGCCUACACCAUUAUAUCUCUUACAAUACUGUCUGUCUGUGCCAUUUCCACCAACGGUGCUAUACAAGGUGGUGGAGCCUACUACAUGAUAAGUCGGUCUCUGGGACCGGAGUUUGGAGGAAGCAUUGGUCUGAUGUUCUUUUUGGCCAAAGUGUGUGCAUGUGGAGAAUAUGUUCUCGGUCUUGUGGAGGCAGUACUUGACGUAUUCGGCUCGGAUCCUGAGUCGUCUGUGUCUAAGGGGGUGCGGAUGCUUCCUCAGGGUUACUGGUACACAGUGCUGUACUCCUCAGUAGUCCUUCUGCUGUGUCUGUUCGUGUGUCUGGUGGGCGCGCACAUCUACUCCCGCACCGCCUUCGUCAUCCUACUGGUGGUCACUGUAUCCUUGCUGUCCAUCUUCAUCAGUUCUGUGGCGGUCACACCUUUUGAUAUCGUGAUCACCCACAAGGGAUCUGGCAACGAGAGCCUCCACUACAACACCAGCUACACAGGCUUCAGCGUUACCACUCUGCGGAACAACCUGGGUUCUGGUUACUCUUUGGACUACAGCACCAACUCUGUGAUGUCUUUUGCCACCGUGUUUGCCGUCUUUUUCACCAGCUGCACUGGGAUUAUGGCCGGAGCCAACAUGUCAGGUGAGCUGAAGACACCGAGUGUGUCCAUCCCAAAAGGCACCAUCGUAGCCGUCUUCUACACUUUCACAGUCUACGUCCUCCUCUUCAUCUUGGUCAGCGCCACCUGUGACAGGACCCUGCUGAUUCAGGAUUAUGGGUUCCUCCAGAGAAUAAACAUUUGGCCGCCGUUAGUCACCGUCGGGAUAUACUGCGCUUCUCUGUCAGCUGCAAUGUGCUCCAUGAUCGGAGCGUCCCGUAUCCUCCAUGCUCUCGCUCUGGAUCACCUCUUUGGUUUGCCAUUGGCUCCAGCUGCCAUCACAUCGAGCUCGGGGAAUCCGUGGGUAGCAGUGCUGUACACCUGGGGGCUGGCACAGUGUGUAGUGUUUGCAGGCCAGCUCAAUGCUGUAGCAAGUCUGGUGACGGUUUUCUACUUGCUUGCCUACGCUGCGGUUGACCUGGCCUGUUUGGCUCUAGAGUGGGCGUCGGCACCAAAUUUCAGACCAACCUUCCAGCUCUUCUCCUGGCACACCUGCCUGCUGGGGAUCCUAAGCUGUUUAGUGAUGAUGUUCGUCAUUAACCCCGUGUACUCCUCGGGCAGCAUCGUCAUCCUGUUACUGCUGCUGCUUUUCCUCCACUACAGAUCGCCCACCAGCAGCUGGGGCUACAUCAGCCAGGCUCUCAUUUUCCAUCAGGUACGUAAGUAUCUGUUGAUGCUGGAUGUGAGAAAAGACCACGUGAAGUUCUGGAGGCCGCAGAUGUUGUUAAUGGUGGCCAACCCUCGCUCCUCCUGUCAGCUCAUCCUUUUUGUCAACCAGCUGAAGAAGGGAGGACUGUAUGUGUUGGGCCACGUGCAGCUGGGAGAUCUGGACUCCCUGCCCUCAGACCCGGUCCAGCAGCAGUACAACUUCUGGUUGAGCCUGGUUGAUAAACUGGGGGUGAAGGCCUUUGUAGACCUGACGCUGUCUCUAUCCGUCAGACAGGGAACACAGCAUCUGCUGCGCAUCACAGGCCUCGGUGGCAUGAAACCAAACACACUUAUUUUGGGUUUCUAUGACGGCUGCACUCCUGAAGACUUCUUCCUACAAGAUUCUGCAUUCUGUGACUCUUCCAUGGGACGAGGCAGUGAGGGCGAAUAUAAUUUUGGGGUCGAUUUGCCUUCAUUACAGGCCCAUUUCCCCCCAGUCCGACAUGUUGAGAGUCCACGCUGGCUAUCGCCAGAGGAGUACGUAGGGAUAAUUUCUGACGCCAUUAAAAUGAACAAGAACGUGUGUGUCGGCCGUUAUUUCUUCCAGUUAGAGGGCGAGGAUAAAGAUAGCAAGGUGGACGGAUCAGAGCGGACAAUCGAUGUGUGGCCUCUCAACCUGCUCCAGCCAGGCAGCCGUGACUACGAGGACGUGUGCAGCCUCUUCCUGCUGCAGAUGGCCUGCGUGCUUAACAUGUCCAACAAAUGGCGCCAUGCAAGAAUGAGAAUCUUCCUGAAUGUGGAGACCGAGUCCAGCGACCAGGGCUGGGUGGUUAACGAAGAGACGUUCCGAGAGUUGCUGAAGAAGCUGAGGAUCAGGGCGUCGAUAAAGAUCGUGCCGUGGGACUCUGUGGUGCAGCACCACGUUCAGCCGGACGGGGAGGCUGCUCCAGAGCCAACACGAGCCCUGUCCGAGGACUUCUUGUCCGCAGUGAACAAUAUGUUGAUGGAGCACAGCUCACAAGCCGCUGUUCGCUUCCUGUAUUUGCCUCGGCCCGAUGCUCAACGCAGCCAGUCACAGCAGUACUUGGCUCAGGUGGAAGCAGUGACCAAUAGUUUGGGGCCAACGCUUCUGAUUCACGGUGUCACCCCAGUCACAUACACAGAUCUGUGAGCAUGUCAUGAGUUGUGUUCAUAGGUAUUGUAGGUGCAGCAAAGUCUUAUCUGUAAGUUUAAACUCUGGUUACAUGUAAAAUGAACACAUAAUAUAAAGAAAAGGGGAUGCUAAGGCACAGUAUGUAGCACCACUUACUAUACGUUCACCGAAUGCAGAUUUUGUUGUUGCCACUCAAGCUUACAAAAGGACCACAGUCUAGUGCAUUUUUAAUAUACACCACUUGAGAAUUUUGCAUAUAAAUAGGAUAUUUUCCUAUUAACAUAUUACUUGAACUAGCUUGGUGAUUGAGCCAAGAACAUGGGGGAAUACUAACUUUUGUGAGUGUGAUUUAUGUUGAUAUAAGCUCUUGUCUGCAUUAGCUUUAAGCCUGUCUUUUCACAUGAGACGGAAGUUUAAAAUGUGUCAUAGACUCAAUUUGUUUUGGCAAUACGGGUUGUCUAGGCCAUUGACUAUAGAAAUGUCUAUAUAUAUUUAUUUUUUUUCAGGGAUGAAAUGAUGAAUUUGUGAUAACAAGUGGCCUCUGUAAAAACAUUUUCCUGGUUCAGUUUCUUAAUGGUAUUGUGUUAAUGCAUAAUAAUUUUUUUUUAUUUUUUUUUUUUAACUCCUUAAUUUUUUUCUUCUACAUUCUCACAUGUCUGCUGGAUCAAGUGAUCCAAAGACUUUUUGUUUCGGAUCUGAUUUCUGAGUUCUUAUUUUAAGUUUUCCAUGCAAUGUAUUUUUUGAUGUGCAUCUCUAGUGUUCACAUAGGGAACUGUUUUUUAUACAUUUGACCUUAGAAUGAGGAACAGCAUGUGUUGCUGUUGUAUGCGCUUAUUUGAAUGAUAAUACACUGGGAUUAUGUGCUUCAUGGUGCAGACUCAAAAUUACACCAAAAAGGGAUAAAAAAAUUAAUGGUUACACUGGAGGUUUUAUUCUAAUCCAGUCUGUUAGGACCAGGACCAACGAUGCUUCGGACCAAAUCAAGGUUGAAACCAUAGCAAGUUGUCAACAUUUUCUUUGCGAAACACAGAAUAAAAUGUUACUGCUUUAUUGUCAUGUUUCGUUUGAUAGUGCUUGAACAAUCACAUGGACCUUUUUUUUUUUUUUAACAAAACACAAAUAGGAAGUUGUUGAAAAACCUGUUUGCACAACCUUUUGGCACGUUCCAUCUUGAGCUGUGGUUAACGGUCCAUGAGAAGGCCUAAAAGGACUGAGUCAUGUAUAUUAACGGCCGUUACUACAUGUACUAAAUGUAUUAAACUGCUGUUUGUUUGUCAGGUGUAAAUACAUGAAAAACGUACUGUGUAUCGGUAUCUUUGUAACUGUCAUUGUAAAACAAAUAAUAUGCAUUUAAAGAAGAGAUUGCUUAAAUGCAAUAUAAACA